UUUCUGUUAAAAACCUUCCAGAUCCGUUUGUGUAUCAAAUCCCAUCUAACUGACUGGUACUGACUGAUGUUUGAUAUCAAUCGAUUACAAUGUUAUUGUUUAUUAGUAACAAGAUGGACGACUGUUGACUGGUUGCCGUCCGUGAUGGUGCAUUGUGCCAUAGAUCUAUAUCAAGUACUGAAAGAGAACCAGUUUAUGAUGGAGCAAGAUUCGCGAGGAAUUCUGUGGCACCGCUAAAACAGUUCCAUUCUUGGAAGGGGACUAUAAUGGAGGAUAAUCCAUCACCGGAGGAGAUCAGGAAAAGAAGACUGGCCUAUUUUGAGGUGACCAACUCCAGUGUGGCACACAGUAAGCCCACUGACAGAGGGGAGCUUUACAAGGACAAUUCAACAGUCAAAGACUGGUCUGGUGAUUCAAAGGGAAAUGUAACUCAGAGUCAGACAAUCGCAAGUGAGAAUUUAGAGCAGAAAGUCACAAAUAUAUCAUUUUCGCAUCUUAAUCUUCAAAAUCCUUUGAAUGUGAAAGACAGAGCAGAAACAGGUUUCAGUCAAGACAGACAGGCAACUGAGGGGGUACCCACAAACAUAGUAAGCAGUGGCUCUUCGGAGAGAAAAGAGCAUUCAGUGAAAGAGAAAUCGAAAACAGACAGUUUCUCUCUGUUAAGAGAGGAGCUGAGAGCAAAAGCUCAACGUGGAGAUGAAGAGGGGUAUAACAAUGCUGUGGAAAGACUGAUAAGUUUGGCCAAACAAGAGAUCGCAGAAAGUGAGAACCAGAAACAACUAAACUCCUUUCAGAACCCAGCACAAGCCAGGCACUCUGAGCACUCGCCAAGAUAUCUCCAUCAUGGUGAAACGUCCCUCCAGAAAAAGUCAAUUUCAUCAAAUUCUCAAAUUUCGCCCAGAAUUGAUUAUGUCUCCUCCAAGAAAGAAUCUAUGUCACCCAUGGCUGUGGAGUAUGAAGACUUCUUCAGUAAGUCUUCAAAGCUGAAGACUGUUACAAAGUGUCCUGAGGUUAGAGAGUCUUCUGAAGAACCAGACGCUAGACAUUUGUUCCAGAAAUCUCUUGGGAACAUGGAUGACCUAGGUCUGUCGACACACAGACCGGAGGAAGAAACAUCCCAUGUGAUUGACAGGUUCAUCCCAGGAGAAAUGCGACAGGUAUUAGGGGAAGAGAAAUAUAAGGAAUUUUUGGUGAAAUCUGCAAAAGAUAUAGAUAAUCUGAACAGUGAUAGAAGUUCUUCUAGAGAAGAAAAUCUACCAAAACCAGAAAAACCAAAACUUCCGGAGAAGCCAAGAGGUCUUAAAACUGAACUAGGAUUGAAACUUAGUAUUAAAAAUGACACAGACAAAAAAACAGACAAGGAGAAACCAAAAUUAAACAGACCAAAGUUUGAACCCUCAAAUAUUUACAUCCAAGAAAAUGAGACUCAGGAUGAUGCAGAGAAUCUCAGCUUACCACCAUCCUAUCGUCAUGGAUAUGAAUCAGUUCACAGAAAUGUUGUUUUUUCCUCUGAUGAAAUUUAUCAUCAGGCCUUUUCAGGACAAAGUCCCCCAAGAAGUAGGAGCUACCAGGGAAACCCCAUUCACCUUUCGAGAGACUACAACCAAGGGCAGACAAAUGCUGCUCCAAGAAGUAGCAUGAUAAUGGGAGGUCAAGGUUACUCUGGACCAGCAUUCCCUCCUUCCCAGGUUGCCCAGCAUGGACCAGCAUUCCCUCCUUCCCAGGUUGCCCAGCAUGGACCAGCGUUCCCUCCUUCCCAGGUUGCCCAGCAUGGACCAGCGUUCCCUCCUUCCCAGGUUGCCCCACAGUAUGUACAAAUGCCGUACCCACCACAGGAUGAUAUGAUUUACACAGCCAGAAGCCAACAGUCAGAAGCAUAUCGACAGAUGUAUUCAGGGGUAACACCAAGGCCAGGUGUUGACAGCAAACCUACAGAUGUUAGACCAGAUAUGGCUGAUCCCAAUCUGUACAAGCCGUGGUCUCCAGAAGUUCCCCCUCAUCAGUUCCCCGACAGCUUCAUGCCACAUGGUAUUUCCCGGUCACCAGACAGAUACAUGAAUCCGUACAUGUCCCAUCCACUGGAGGGUCACCAUUUCUCUCCCACAGCUUCCCGUAUGUCUGACAGUUAUUACAUGACACCCCCCAUACCACAGUCACCAGAUGGUCAUUGCAUGCCGUUCCAGGUCCCCAGACCUCCUAACGUACCGCUGGUACACAGCUCAGGUGAUACAAGUAAACACUAUCAGCGGAGACAUGACAUGGCGUAUCACGGACGAGAUGGACUGUCUGUUCAUCCACCUCAGUCAGUGGCUGUGCCUGGACCUGAGGGAGAAGGAUCUUUUCCACCUUAUCCACCUCAGCGGCAUGGUGGGAUACCGUACCCUCCACCUCCAUUUAAUGUGGACUUGGCUUCAUACUUCAGUUUUCUGGCUGCUCAGGGCUUUCCUGUGCCAUACCCAGUGCCUGUCCCGGUGCAGGAGAAGACACAGCCCCCUACAGACACAGAAGACAAAGGAACACAAAAAGAGGAAAGUGGAGACAAAGAAAUGUUAGAUAUGAUGAUUCCACACCCACCUCUCCAAAAGAAAGAUUCCUCGGAAAAGACCAUUCAUAGAAAAUCUUCUCCUAGGAAGGCCAAAGUUCAGGAAGUGAAGAAAGAUGAAGGAAUCGAAGGGAAGAUGAAGAAUGUGCAGAAAGCGGAGACAAAUCCAAAACCUGAGGACACGUCUGUCAGCCAGAAACAGCAGGGCAAGAGUUCUUCACAGAGACAUGUGGAGGAGAUCAGACAGUUCCAUGAACAAAGGAGACAACAAGAGGCAGAGGAAGAUCAGCUGUUGGAGAAACAGAGAAAAUUUGCCAAGUCUUCCAUUGACAGAUACUUCUCCUCACUAGAGAAGCUGUAUUACAGAGACAGACAUGAGGAAAACAUGGAAGAUCAAGAACUAGAGGAAAUUCAGGAAAGUUCACCAAGGGAACAAGACACGGAGGUAAGAUCAGAGGUCAACACUCAAGUCAGCAAAGCCACAAGUGUCAAAGCAGAGGGAAUCACUGAGAGAAUGAACAAACUGGGACUAGAUUUAUCAUUCCUGAGAGAAACCAGGAAAACUACAGAGGAACCUCAAAAAGAGGAAGGAAAGUCAGUAUUGGUGUGUGAAGAGUGUGGAGAGGUGAACAAAGUGUACAUGAGCUGGUGCGGGGACUGUGGGGAGUCCCUGGCGGGAGUCGAAGUUACAGUAGUAAAGAAGCCAAGGCCACCCAGAGUGCCUAAUAAAGAGAAGAUCUCAGGGAAGAAAAAAGCUCCAGCUGUGGGAAGUGAUAGCUCCAGCAGCAAAUCAAGUCAGAAAGACAGACGUGGGACAGUGAAGAAUGACAGUCGUGGAACAGUGAAGAAUGACAGUCGAGACAGUGGUCUGCCACCCAGUGAAGAGAUUGAGAACGCUCAGGCAGGGAAAGAAAUUGAGGAGAUAUUCGAACACAUCACCGAUCCAGUUAUUAAAGGAUUUGUAGAUUCUUACUACAGUAAAAAACAGGCAGAACUGUUGCAGAACCAUGAUGUGCCAAAAGAAGAGGAGGAGAGUUUCUUCAGUAGGGAUGAUAGAGAUAUUUUUGUAGAGGAGGAGUUGCGUAACAACGAAAGUGGAAGCAUUAAAGAGGAAGAUGUUGAGAUAACAGAAGAAAAUAUUUUUUCAAAUAAUUAUACUAUGGCUGAUGGUGACCAGUUUAAGAAAGAAUUUUUGAAAUAUGUUGACAAUGAAGAAGUCUGGUUCCACGAGAGAAAGAAACCAAAAGACAAACCUCUGAAGCAUAAAAGGUCAGCCCCUAUUGAUGUGGAAGUCUUUAGUGUGAAGGAGAGCAGAGAACAACGCGAUACAAGUCGCAGCAUGGAAAAAAUUGUCCCCAGUCUAAAUCUCGAUAAUAGCAGUGAUGAAGAGAAACCAAAACUGUCUCUCGACAUUUCUACAGACAGUGAAGAUUGGCAGGAUUUCUUUCUACCAAAACCCAAACCAGUGGAGGUUCCAGUGGAGAUAGUGCCAAAACCAAAGGAACCAGAGGAAACCAGACCAUUCCUAGAACAGGUGAUUGGAGACAUGAGAUCAUCUUCACCCACAAAGUCAAAGUCCAAAACUGCCAAACCUAAGAGCAGUAAAACUACGACAAAGAGCGUCGUCAGGGAGUCUAUAGAGGCUCCAGGAUAUGAAAGAAAAUGGCAAAGGUCCAGCAUUGCAUGGUCUUCUUACCACCCACGGGAACUAAGUACAAAGUCUAGCCUCUCAUCCCAAAGGCCCGGGAGUGCAGGGAAGAGGCCUGGGAGUGCAGGGGUGGCCAGAAGAGGAGUCCGCGGGAAGACCACAAGUAGUACUGACAACCAGAUCACCAGACCAAAAAGUGGAGACCUACCAAAGAAAAUGGCUCUGAAGACCAGACCACUCAGCGCUGACCCCAAAGUCAGAAGUACAAAUGAAGACCCUCAGGAGGUUCGAAUCCUUGAUAUACCCAUUAGGCCAGCCUCCGUAGAGCAAGAGGACCCCCCAUUAGUACAGUCUGUUGAGCAGUAUGAGGAGGACCCCCCAUCAGUACAGUCUGAAGAGCGAGAUGAGGAGGAGCGGGAACAGGGGACAUCAUCGGAGGAGGCACGGGCAAUCUCGGGGAUAAGGGUGCUGGACGUCACAUACCCCACUCUCUCAAAGAUUUCUCAGGACAGUCCCUCCUCGGAUCUCCCGGGUCUCAUAGACCACCGACUUCAGGAAACAGAUUCUGUAGCACCAGCUGCUGAUCCUGCCAGUGUGCUAAAUGCUUACAACAAAUACCAUGAAAUGACCCCACGUAUUAGGGACGGUCACUUUUCGGUGUGGCUAUGCCUCCCGGAUGAACUACUGUUAAAUAUCCUGUCAUACCUUCCACAUUCUGACUUGGUCAAGUGUGCCCAGACAUGCCACCAUUUCUACAGAAUCUGCAUGGAUAACAGUCUGUGGCGUUACAUCACAAUUAAGAAGAACCAUAACCUAACGGAUGAGUCUAUGGAACGAAUCGGUAAACAUCGUCCAGUCAGUCUCGCUCUGAUCCAGUGCCAUGGUGACUACAUUACAGCCAAAGGCCUCCGGAAUCUCUUUCGGGCCAGCACCAACUCUCUCAAGGAGCUGAACGUUUUCGGUUGUAGUCGGGGUGCUUUGACUGGGGACUGUAUUCUCCUCCAUGCGGCCUCCCAUUGUAAGGGCCUGACCCACAUUGAUGCCAGCUGGUGUAAUGUCUCGGACAGUGGCAUUGGUGCGCUAGCUAACUCUGCCAACAGGAUAGAGAGUCUGUGUAUUAGUGGUUGUCAGAUGAUCACCAAUGAGGGACUUAUAACAGUCAUCAAGAAACAUGGAAAGUGGCUUCGUGUUCUGGAGAUGUGUGGAUGUUUCAAUAUCAAAGCAAAAGGAGUCAACUAUUUGGCAGCUAACUGUAUCAACCUGAAGACUCUUAAUCUGGGCCAGUGUUACAAGUUGACUGACUCCCUGAUUUCACAGCUGUCACCCAGUCUCAGUAAAGUUGAAACUUUGGAUUUGCGAGGAUGUAAACAGAUAAAGGACAACUGUGUAAGAUAUGUAGUGAAGUAUUGUAACCGCCUCCAAACGUUAAGUGUGGCUAACUGUCCAAACAUCACAGACAUAUCAUUACUGGAGAUAUCCACCUACCUAAAGGACAUCAGGAACCUAGACAUGUGUGGCUGUAGAAAUGUGACAGAUUCUGGGGUGCGUGCCAUAUCUAACAACUGUAGUAAUCUCAGGAGUGUCGACAUCAGUUCUACAGGGUGUACCAAUAGAAGUGUCCUGAUGAUGGCUAAUUUCUGUAGUCAGAGGCUGGAAUCCGUUAAGCUAAACUUUCUGUCGGACAUCACAGAAAAUGGAGUCAUUAAACUGGUGAAACACUGCAAAAGGCUGAAAUUACUCCAUCUGUAUGGCUGUACCAGCAUCAGGUCCCUCGCGAACAUCAGGAACGCCAAUCGCAAUCUCAGGGUGGAAAUGUGAGUGGAGGCUGUUGAUACAGAUUUAGGAAAGAUGUUAGUCUUAGUCUAGUCUUAGUGUACUGUUGGAUUUAUAUAUUGAUUGACAUUGAAAGGUUUAUGUUACAAGGUCAGAUCAAACAAGCUCUUGACCACUUUGUUUCUGUGUGCAUUAUACAGUGUAUUUAUACCGGUCUGUGAUAUGUCCAAUACCUUUAGUUUAUUUCCUAUGUAAGAUAGCAAACACACACUUGCUCAACUGCCAUGUACCAUAAUUUGCUUGCUCAAAUAUUUCUGUAACAUCAAGAUGCUGUGAUAAUUUAUUCACGUCAAUAAAUUGUUAAAGAGGA